AUGACUAAGGAGCAAGAAUCCUAUGGAGUGAUUGUCCUGUGGGGAGGAGAAACCAAAGCCCACUCUGAUGCUCAGGAAGACUCCUGGAAGAAGAUCUUGAGUUUUCUGCAGCAGCACAUCAGCAAGGUCAAGGGAAAGAAGAUGGGUAGACAGUCUAAAAGUAAGACUAUCACCUUGAAAAAGGCUAAGCGCUACGUGGAGUGUACAAUGUAUGAGAAACGGCGGCUGGACCUCAGUUUCAAAGACCUUUCCACCGUGCCCAAGUGCAUCAGGAAGCUCUGUGACUUGGAUGAAUUGGACCUGAGCAGGAACUGGAUAACAGAGGUCCCAGAUUUCAUUGAUUGUUUCACUACCCUCAUUGUUUUGGAUCUGCACAGCAAUUGCUUGGAGGAGUUACCUGUGACUAUCUGCCGCCUCCCGCGUUUGCUGGUCUUAAACCUGUGUAACAACCGUUUGACGAGUCUCCCCAAAGAGUUCGGCCAGCUGAAUACACUGGAAACGCUAAACCUGAGCAUCAACCGGCUUUCAGCCCUUCCCGCCUCCAUCAUCGCGCUGAAGGAGCUCCGAUGCAUCAGCCUGUGUGACAACCAGUUCAUGCGGGUCCCUGUCUGUCUGUCCAAGUUCAAGAAGCUGGAGAAGGUCAACCUGGACAGGAACCCCUUGUUUGACCGUCGCAGGGAGGUCAAGGUUACGUUAGCAAAGAACUUUUACAUGGUCAAUUUGAACCAUCUGUGCAACGACUGUCAGAACAAGUGCCAAAUCGAGGGGAGGAAGAUGGAAGAGGCAGAGAGUGAGGAUGAAACCGAGUCACCCACAAAUCCAAGUUAA